ACCCACACAAGGUCAAGAUCAGGUGCGGCAUCGGGACACGAAGUAAUCCCGAGACAAAAUCGCACUUGCGAUCGAUCAAUUGAGAGGCAGAGGAGAGUGAAAGAGAUGGCAGGAGGGCAUGGAGAGGGCAUCGCUUACAAGGGCUUGACUAUGCAUAAGCCAAAGCGAUGGCAUACUGUAACUGGAAAGGGCUUGUGUGCUGUCAUGUGGUUCUGGGUCUUGUACCGGGCUAAACAAGAUGGUCCUGUAGUAUUGGGCUGGCGGCAUCCGUGGGAGGGCCAUGAUGAUCAUGGCCAUGGACAUGGGCACUAGGCAUCCCAUUGAAGAAUGAAGAUGAAUGGCCAAGCAUGAAAGUUUUUGUUCAUGAGUUGUUGGUGAUGUUGUCUGGAAUAGCUCCGUUUCAUUCUUCUUUUCAAUAAAUUGUUGGCAGAAAAAGAUUCUCGUGAACAUUGAACAUUCUUGUUUGUGAGCAUGGAUUUUAGUGUGCAUGUAUUCGUCUCUAGACAUGGGUACUUUGUUUGAUUUUCAUUAUCAAGCUGAAGUUAUACAGAAGGCUUUUCAUUU